AUGAGCCGUGCUGUCACUUUAGAAACCCUAUCACUUGUGCCGCUCGUCUUGUCCGUCGAAGGAUUUCUUUCGGAUGAUGAGUGCACCUACAUUCAGGAAACUGCCGAGCCUCACAUGGAGUAUUCCGAGGUCACACUCAUGGACAAAGACCAAGGUCGACCGGCAUCAGAUUUUCGGACUUCCCAAAGUGCUUUCAUUCGAGCCCACGAUGACGCAAUACUUACGGAUAUUGAUUACCGGACUGCGAGUCUCGUUCGUAUACCACGUAGACACCAGGAAGAUGUACAGGUCCUGCGCUACGAUGUAACCGAGAAAUACGAUUCGCACGCUGAUUAUUUUGAUCCAGCGCUCUACACGAAAGACAAGCGAACAUUAGCGCUCAUUAGAAACGGGCAUCGUAACCGCAUGGCAACCGUGUUCUGGUACUUGAGUGAUGUAGAAAAAGGAGGCGAAACGGUCUUUCCUCGCUUCAAUGGGGCACAAGAGACAAGCAUGAAAGAUUGUAAAACUGGGCUCAAGGUCAAACCAGAAAAAGGUAAAGUCAUCAUAUUUUACAGCAUGACACCCGAUGGUGCAUUAGAUGAAUACAGCUUGCACGGUGCUUGCCCUGUCCAAAAAGGCACCAAGUGGGCGGCUAACAAAUGGGUCUGGAAUGAGCCAAUGCAAUUCGUUCCUUCGUAG